GUUUAUAACGUCUAUUUCUUCAUCACAAAUUUCCAAAAUGAGUCGCCGCAAACGUGUGAAGGUCGACAACCGGGAUUUGGAUGAAAAAUUAAAACAAGAUGAUUCUGAGUCUGAUCAGUCUGAAAAGAGUAAAAUCACGUCUAUUAGCCCAACUACUGUCAGCAGUAGAAGAGAGUCUACCUCAAGCCGCAAUACAGACGGGAAAGAAUCCAAGAAAGAUGAGAAACCGACGAUUAUAUUGGACGAAACCAAAAGUGAAGAUAUUGAGGAGGUUAAUUACAAGGAAAUGCUUAAUAGUUUGGAAGGAGCAGCAUUCCAAUCAAGGCUGCCGUUUGACAAAAUGUCUUCAUUGGAAGCCGAGUGCUUCUCAGAUCUGCAGGGUGCCUGUAGCCAUGCAUUUGUUCAAAUCCGGAACAGAAUCCUGAAGAUGUGGUUUGAAGACCCCAAGAAACAACUUAUUCAGGAACAUGCAGUCUCCAAGAUGGAACCCCCUUAUAAUGGAGACCCAGCUUUAAUUAUCAGGACACAUGCAUUUCUGGAGAGACAUGGUUUCAUAAACUACGGAAUCUAUGAGCGGCUUACAGCAAUACCAUCGCCUCCUAAAGGAAAGCAGAGGCCUAAAGUCAUCAUUAUUGGAGCAGGUGUUUCCGGAUUGGCGGCCGCUCGUCAGCUUCAGUCGUUUGGCUGUGAGGUAGUUAUACUGGAGGGCAGGGACCGGGUCGGCGGCCGCGUGGUCACGUACAGGAAGGGGCCGUAUGUUGCCGAUUUGGGUGCCAUGGUUGUGACUGGAUUGGGCGGUAACCCAGUGACAACGCUGUCAGUUCAGAUGAACAUGGAAUUACAUAAGAUCAAACAAAAGUGUCCACUCUACGAAGCUACUGGCAACCAAGUUCCUAAACAUAAAGAUGAAAUGGUUGAGCGCGAGUUCAACAGACUCCUCGAUGCUACGUCCUACCUCUCCCAUCAAGUAGACUUUAACUACUACAAUGACACGCCGGUAUCGCUCGGGCAAGCUCUUGAGUGGGUCAUCAAACUGCAGCAGAAAAACGUGAAACAUAAGCAGAUUCAACAACUGAAAGCGGUCAUCACUUUACAAGAGAAGCUUAAGGGUAACAUAAAUAAGUUGUCUGACAUUCAAGAGUUACUCAAGUCAAUGAAGAUCGAAAAGGAAGCUUUGCUCGUAGAAAAAACAAAACUGGCCGCUGGGGACGCUAGCAUCUUGCAAGAGUUCAACCUCCGUCGCCUCAACAGAGAGAUGAAGCAAUUGUGUAAUGAAUAUGACUCACUGGUUAAUCAAAAUCAGAGUAUUGAAGAUAAGUUGACACAGCUCGAGACCAAUCCACCAAGCUCCGUGUACCUGUCGGUGCGUGACCGCCAGAUCCUGGACUGGCAUUUCGCGAACCUCGAGUUCGCGAACGCCACGCCGCUUGGCAAUCUGUCGCUGAAGCACUGGGACCAGGACGACGACUUUGAGUUCACCGGCAACCAUCUAACAGUUCGCAACGGUUACUCUUGCGUCCCGGUGGCUCUCUCCGAAGGUCUGGACAUCAGGCUGGGCACCGCAGUCACCGACAUCCAGUACGGCGGCCCCGGAGUCACCGUCAAGGCGGUCAACCCCCGCAACCAGAGCCAACCGCAAGUGUUCAAGGGUGAUGUGGUUCUUUGCACUUUGCCUCUCGGAGUCUUGAAAGUAGCUGUGGCGAAUAGCGGGCAAAACCAACAAAACUUCGUUAAUUUUGAUCCUCCAUUACCGGAUUGGAAGGUGGCUGCUAUCAAGCGUCUGGGCUAUGGAAACCUGAACAAAGUAGUGCUAUGCUUCGAAAGAACAUUUUGGGACCCCAGCGCCAAUCUCUUUGGACAUGUUGGCACUACGACAGCGAGCAGAGGCGAGCUGUUCCUCUUCUGGAACCUGUACAGCGCGCCGGUGCUGCUGGCGCUGGUGGCGGGGGAGGCGGCGGCCGUGAUGGAGAACGUAACCGAUGACGUCAUCGUCGGCCGCUGCAUCGCCGUGCUCAAGAGCAUCUUCGGCCACGCGGCCGUGCCGCAGCCCAAGGAAUGUGUGGUCACCAGAUGGCGGGCGGACCCGUACGCGCGGGGAUCGUACAGCUUUGUGGCGGUCGGUUCGUCGGGCACUGACUAUGAUUUGCUCGCUGCGCCGGUGCCCGGGGCUUCUCCGGGCGAGAAUAGGCUCUUCUUUGCUGGUGAACACACAAUGCGCAACUAUCCGGCUACUGUGCACGGCGCAUUUCUGUCAGGGCUGCGCGAGGCGGGCCGCCUAGCCGACCUGCUGCUGCCGCAACCGCCCAUUACCAACGCGAGCGUAGCUGCUGCCACUGCAGCCGCUAACCACUCGUGAUGCGCCUGAACUGAAGCCAUGGCGUACGGAGCGGAUCUUCCAUCACCACAGCCACCAGUCACCAACAUGAACGUGGCUGGUGAUACCGCUGCCGCAAAGAAUUCCUGAA